UGCAUAUACAGCAACAUAAAGUUGCGUUGGAGAAACCUAGCUAGCUUGUUCAUAGUUUCAAAGCAAAACAAUCAAACGUUACGUUGCAUCAUUAUCAUGGGACGUUGGAUGAAGCCCGAGAUAUAUCCUCUUCUGGCUCCGAUGGCAUUCGUGGUUGGUCUGUGUACUUUCCAGCUAACCAGAAACUUGUUUAUGAAUCCUGAUGUCAGGGUGAAUAAAGCUCACCGUGCCACGGCGGUGCUGGAGAACCGGGAGGAGGGGGAAAAGUAUGCGGAGCAUGGGUUCCGUCAAUUCCUCCGUACUCGCCCGCCGGAAGUCAUGCCGGCGAUCAACCGUUUCUUCUCCGACAGAGAUUGAUCCAAUAUAUACACAUCAGCAUCUUGUUCCCCCAGUUGCGACCAAAUCAUAUAUACAAUCAUGCGAAUUUAUUUCCAUUUAAUUUUUAAUUACUGUGAUUUGCUUGGAAA